CAUUCGAUUCAUCGAUUCAGUUCAGUUCAAAGAGUCGGUUCAGUGAAGUGAGUCGACACGGGCAUCAGUGGGAGCAGGUGCAACUUGCCCCACCUGCAUCUGUCAUACGGAAGAGUGACAAGUCACCAUUACACACAUUUCCUGAAGACGACAAUGAACCUGCAACACUUCCAGACUUCUCUCUAAUCUUUCUUCGACUCGUUUACAGUUCACUUCGGGUUGCUUUUGAAGAGCUGCUCCGGAUCCGAACCGAUGAGUUACAACGUGACAAGAUGAAAGUUUCUACAAGUUCAGGCUUCUUUAGCAAAGUGACUAUCUGCGCUGCACUACUUUCAGUGAUUGAGUGCAACUUCACCACACGCACCACCAUGUCACCUAUGCAGAGGAGCCCUUAUGGUGACUUUCUUCACUUUGACUCGGCCCCUGACACCAUCACAGUCAACUCCACUGUGCAGAUCUCGUAUACUUGCUCCAGGGCCUGCAGAGUGGGAGUCGAGAUUGUGCUUUCCACACCAAAAACAGUUGGACUUGUGACCUUUAGGAGAUCAUGGAUUCAUGUCAACCAACUAAAAAAAACUAGAACAAGGACGAUUCAGCUCACUUUCCCUCCAGCUGUGGUGUAUAAGAGAGACUUUUUCUUCAGACGGACAGUGGAAGCCCGUGAUGUGAUGCUGAGAGCCUGGCUGGUGCAUCUGGAUGGAGCAGAAAGCAAUAGCAGCCACGUUGGAGUCAGUCAGUACAAGCAAUCCAUGGUGAGAAUGUUUAAAAAUUUGGGGACGGUUCCGCCCUCGGAACGUCCUGCCAAAUCACCGAGCAGAUGCGCUGCAUGGGGGGCGGAGCUGAUGUGGAAUCGGACCAAAGACAGAAUAGAGAAGUGCUCUCCUGAGUCAGAUGUAGUGAGACUCCUGACUUUCCCUUUUGCAAGCACUGGGGAGAACUAUGGAGUCAUCCGGACGUUUCCAGCCUUCGCCAACAGAGAGCUGGAGACUGCAAGCCUGCGUGCUCUAGAGAAACCCAGACUGACCGUGUCGGUGUGGUUGUAUUUGCUAAAGUGGUGCAGGGAAAAGCUCUGUGGCAUCAUCAAGCAUGUGAGCGAGCACAGGAAAUACGCAACACCUCUCCUAUUGCUGACUGAUACAGGUAACAUUGUGGUGCAGGUGUGUUUGACCUCCGGAGUGGAACAGGCAUUCACAGCUCACACAGAUCUCCCUCUCCUGACCUGGAUCCGGCUGGACCUCUUCAUCCAGACCUCAGAGGUGAAGCUCAUAAUCACGCAGACCGUCUCUGAACAUCACCUCAUGGAAGCCGUAUACAAGUAUGAUUUUCAGGAUGCUGUUCUGUAUAAUGACACUUCAGGAUACUUCGUGAUUGGUGGCGGCGUCUACAUGCCAGGAAUUCACGGUUAUGUUGGACCAGUUAAAUAUUACCGCUUAGGUUCUGAAAUGGUGGUGAACCCUCUGACUCCAGAGAGAACACUGAAGGAACUGAACGAAGCCCACAGACGGUGUGAGGAUGUUAAACUGAUCACUGAAGGCUACGUAAAAGCUCUACAAGACAGCAGGGCCAGUCUCGCCAACGAUGUGUGUGUAUCAUAUUACGAGCAGUUAAGGAGGACGUUUGUCCGGACGAGGUGCAUGCAGACAUGGGCCUGGUUCCAUCAGAUGAAAUACAGUGCUGCACUGAAAAUACUGAGAACGCAUGAGGAAGAACUGAUGUCAGGUCCAUGGAGCAGCAAGAAAGCAUCACUCUUUGGCCAGCACCUCUACCAAGAUGUGGUAAAGAGGUUAGCUGAUGCUGGUUUGAGAGACAUCGAUACCUCACUAAUAGAGCUGCUGCAGCUGAGCUCCUGCUGGGGUCAUCACCAGGCUUCUCUCAUGCUCGCCACUUUACACCUUUCAGGUCUCGGAGUGCCAGCGGACCAGGAGAAGGGCCACGUGUACAGCCUGAUGGCCGGAGUAGAAGACGAGCGUCUGGCUCUGCUGCAUUUGGGCUACAAGCACAUGGAGGGUCUGGACGGCUUCCCUAAGGACCCGGACAUGGCAUACGGCUACUACGCCAAUGUGGGAAAGCAAACCAGCAUUGACCACAAUAAAGUCCAGGACUCAGAGCAACGCCUCACUGAGCACGUGCAUUUAACCAAUCCAGAGGAUCUCCAGAUGCAAGCCGGCGAGUCCGAUGACAUCAUACAGUUUCUCAAACACCAGGCAGAGAGAGGAGACAUCAAGUCCCAGAAAACCCUGGCACGGAUGUCAUUCUUUGGCAGUAAUGGCAUGACGAAGGACAUCAGCGCAGCUCUGAAGUGGUACGCCAUGAGCGCAGUGCAGAUGACGGACGCUUCAGUCAUGUAUGACUACGGCAUCCUGCUGCUGAAGGGAAUUGGAGGGAAGAAGAACAAAACCUUGGCAUUAAACCUCCUGGAGAUGGCGGCUGACAUGGGUUACGUGGAUGCUCUGAAUGCUCUAGGCUGGUACCAUGGCACUAUGGAACAAAACGAAAGAAAGGCCGCAUACUACUUUGACCUGGCUGCUCGUAACGGCAGUCGAGACGGUGUGUUUAACCUGGGUGUGUAUCACCUGAACGGCGCCAUCCCAGACUCGCCAGGCAAGAACGAGACAGCUGCGUUUCAGUGUUUCCUGAAGGCGGGUGAGCUGGGUCAUGUGGAGGGCGCAGUGGAGGCUGCAUCAUUUCUCUCGAGAGGUCACUUACCGGACAUGCACAGAGAUCCUGAGAGAGCCGUGACUCUCCUGAAGCCGAUCAGUGAGAAGAACGGCCACCUGGGCUUCACGGUCCGAGACGCUCUGAAAGCAUUUCAGCACGGGUCAUGGGAUGAGGCCUUGUUGAAAUACGCGAUGCUCGCCGAAACUGGCUUUGUUGUGGCGCAGAUCAACGCUGCACACCUCUGUGAGGUGCUGAAGCACAGUUCUGCAUGCCAGUGGAGGUACCAUAACUACUCCACCCAUAACCACGCUCCACAUGAAUCGGGUCUGCUGAAGAUGGGAGACCACUACAGUGCAGUAGGUGACAUAGUAAAGGCUAUAGCGCUAUACAGCAGAGCAGCACUGAGAGGCAGUGCUCAGGGCAUGUACAACCUGGCAGUUUUGACUGAGGAAGGACACAACAUCCCCGCGAAUGUACUGGAGCAAAUGAAGAUCUCGACUGAGCUUCAGCUGAACAAAAGCACUGUAGUGGAGAAACUCUUACUCAGAUGCAGGGAGCUGGAGGGUAAGGGGGAGGAAAUGAGUCCCUGCUCUCUGGCUCUGUUUGGACUGCGCAUGGCCAGAGCGUGGCACAGCUUCACCAGCAGCACCGUCCACCUCGCAAUGAUCUUCACCACUCUCAUCAUGUUAGUGCUCGCCGUCCUGACACAAAGUGCACUUGCUCACUACUCUGCAGAUCUUCCACGCAGUAUUCCUAACCAAUCAUCACUGCACCAACGGGAAUCACCUCGCCUCAGCCAAGUCAGAGGACGUGAAUCAGACACUGCAACAGAUCAGGAAGGGUCCUCAAGAGUCAAUCGAGUUCUGCGGAUCGGUCAAACCUACGUGACCAGACAUGUCCGAUCCCUGCAGGAGGCAGCCGAUUUGGUCAUCACGGCAACUGGAGUGUGUGUGUGUGCCUUGUGCACAAUGUUUGUCUCUCAUCUGCUUUAACUGUGUAGAAGAACAAUACAAAUGUGAAGGAGAAAGUUUUUAAAAAGACUGAUCUAAACUGGUCCUUGGGUAAAAUAACAGAGCCAUCGUUUUUUAAAUGUUUGAAUUAAACAGUAAAAGAGAAACCAGUUCUCUAUGUGAUAUAAUAACCCCUGAGGAAGUGGGUUGUAGUGCACAAAGCUGCAGAACAGCUCCAUCUUCUGACAGAAACACAGACCUGAGUCGAUAACAUUAAACCAGUUUUUCAGUUUAUUAUCAAAUUCAAACAUACAAACAAUUUUGCUUGCAAAAUUUACAGAAACAAUAUUAUCAGCAGUGAACAAAUCUUUGAUUUUUUUUUUUUUUUAGCUAGUCAGUGCUACAAUAUCCUUGCUUAGUCUUGUAUUUUGCUUAGUGUGUACUCAAGUAGUAUUAUUCUAGGAUGAGGUCGUGCUAUGGUUUUGAAAAUACAGUACAGUUCUUUUAAGCCCCACAGACAAAAAAACUAGGCACUGAGCCUCAAUCCCACAGAAAACGAGUGAGGAAAAAAAAUAGGCCAGGACUCUAGCCGAGUCUAGCAUUCAUGCUGAACACCAACAAUUGGAAAAGCUAAUUCACUGAAGGGGAAAGGACGUGGGAUGUGAAAAAUGUAUUUGCUUCAAAUAGUGCUUACUUUCACGCCAACUAUUUUUUUGAAGUGGAUAUAAAAAGUCGACACACCCCUGUUAAAAUAAAAGUUUUUUUCUAUCUUUUUUUUUUUCCUGUCUGUUUUACACUUGAAUUUUGUUGAUUGCUGUUUCACAGUAAAGGUGGGAAAAAACGUCUGACAUGAUUUAUCUUGGUUUAAUUUUUACCAUCACAAAAACCUGCCAUUUUUACAGGGGUGCGUAGACUUUGUAUAUCUGCUCUAGGCGAGCUAGGAAUUGACUCCUUAAAAACUAAAUCCUUGAAAGAAGGAUUUCAUGAAAGAAAAGAAAACAAGAUGGCAGGACUGUGGAUGCUUUGUGGACAAAAGCAUAGUGUAGACCACACAUGAGGGUUUUUGUGGUAAAAUUCUGUCUUUUUCUGGAUUUAUUUUUGUUAGCGCCUCUGUUAAGACAAGGAACAAGAGUAACCAAGUAUUAAAAUAGAAAUAACACGUGACACAUUUUUGUCCAAAGUGUGAACACCUCACAUUUUAAACAUUAAAAGCCAGAUUUGAAAAAUCGUUUACCACAGUAAGCUGUAUGUAUGAUUUAAACAAAAAUAUUACAUAGCUACACACCAAAAAGAGAUUUUAAAUUUCUCUUUCUAAGCUAAUAAUACAACAACUUGACUCAACAACUUGACUUUUUUUUUUUUACAAAUAGCCAAAGCAAAGUUUAUAUUAAACUGUGUUACAGAAACAUUCAUCCACUGCACCAUGCAAACUAUCUGUUAGAAUCUUAAAUAAACACACCAUGUUUCAA